AUGAGUCGCCACUUUGAGGGCCUUGUUUCAAAACAAGUCUACUUCUAUCCCUUCUAGCAUCUAAAAGAAGUUUCUCAGACACAGGAAGUGAUAAUCUCCUGGCAACAACACAAGCAUUUUGGCAGAUUCUGAAUUUCUUUGCGGUGUCACUCAGGUUUGACAAAAGUAAGAACUCUAGUAUGAUGAAGGGAAAAGUGCAAACAGUUUUGGGACCAGUAGAACCGGAGAAAUUAGGACUAACUUUAACUCAUGAACAUUUGUUGCAUGAUUUACCCAAAGAAGUUUUCAGGAAGCCUCUGCCUCCUGCUCUGCUUCAUCUUACUGACAGAGAUUAUGCUAUGCAUAAUCUAGGAUGGAUCCGACAAUAUCCGUACUGUUUUGAUGAAAAUAACGAAUUUAAUGAUGAAGCUGUUCGUAAUGCAGUUAAAGAUGAAAUGAAGUUUUUCAAGCAAAGUGGAGGCGGCACCAUCGUCGAUAAUGGAUCAGUAGGCUUGAGAUCCAAAGAUCAAGCGAAAUUUCUCAAAGCUUUAUCAGAAGCUUCUGGCGUAAAUAUUGUUGCAGGAACUGGCUUCUAUGUUACUCAGUCACAGUCCGUAUCCACGCUGAACAUGACCCAAGAAAAUAUGGAAGAUUUAAUACGAACCGAUAUACUGAAAGGCGUUGAUGGCACGGGCAUCAAAUGUGGUGUAAUUGGAGAAGUGGGGUGUUCUUGGCCUCUUUCUGAGUUUGAAAAGCGUUCCCUUAUGUCCUCUGCUGCUGUACAAGAAGAGACUGGCUGCCCUGUCAUAAUACAUCCUGGAAGAAAUAAACAUGCUCCAGAAGAAAUUGUGCGUAUAUUUCAGGAAGCUGGAGGAAAACUUUUUCAAACAGUUAUGUCACAUCUUGAACGUACUCUUUUUACAAAUGAAGAUCUUGGAGAUUUUGCAUCAUUGGGUACCUACUGUGAAUUUGAUUUAUUUGGUAUAGAAGUGUCGCAUUAUCAGCAUAAUGAAGAUGUAGAUAUGCCAAGUGAUGCCCAAAGAAUAUCUGGCCUGAAAUACUUAAUUAAAGAAGGAUAUGGAGACAAAAUCGUUAUCAGUCAUGACAUACACACAAAGCACAGACUUAUAAAAUUUGGAGGACAUGGGUAUUCACAUAUACUAUUAAAUGUGAUUCCGAAAAUGUUAAAUCGAGGAUUUUCUGAUGAUGACAUAAAGAAGAUUCUUUUCAUUAAUCCAAGAACUUGGUUAACGUUUAAAUAAUGAUUCUUUGUUUGAAAAAUUAUACUAAAAUUUUCACAUGAUUGGAAUCUGUAUUUUUUUCCCGGAUUUUGAAAAUAUAUGUAAGCGGUAUAUCACCAAAAUAAAUAUUAUACUAUUUAAAAUGAA